AUGUCGUCUUCAACUGAAAAUACUCAUUGUCCUGGUAUUGAUUACCUUAUAAUUAUUAAUCUUGAAGCUACGAUCUCUGAAGAAAUAUCACAAUCUACUAUACAAGUAACAAAGGCUUCACAGUCACAACGUAAAAGUUUUUGUAAGGAAACGGCAGAAAUUAUUGAAUUUGCAUGGGCAAUAGUAGAUACAAAAAAUUUUGAAGUGGUAUACCAACAUUCACAAUAUGUAAAACCUAAAGUUACUCUAUUAACAACCUUUUGCACCACUCUUACAAACAUAACUUGGGAUCAACUUGAAUUCGCUGGAAAUUUAAAGGAUGCAAUUGAUGCGUUAGACGAUUAUAUUCAGAACAAAAUACUUGCUGAAAAUAAAACCUUUUGUUUUUGUACACAUGGAGCUUGGGAUUUAAGGAUCCAAUUACCAAGAGAAGCAAAAGAUAAAGAAAUCGAACUGCCAAGUUAUUUAACACAUUGUAGAAUGUUUGAUUUAAAGCAAGAAUAUCAAAGAUGGCACGUUCAUCAUCCAGAUAUGACGCUAAAAACUCUUUCAUUGCAAGAAAUGAGUUCAACUUUUGAUUUAAUAAUAGUGGAAAUUCAUGAAUCAGGAUUAAAUGAUGUUUUAACCAUGGUCAACGUUGUCAGAUAUUUUUGUUCUUUUGGUCAUCAUGAUGUUUUCGUUAAUCCAAUAGAUACAAGUGCAGACUUGAAUCAGUUUAAAAAAGAACAGUCUAAAGUAAUCCAUUUAGCAGGCUUACCACACGAUGUUACACAACCUGAAUUAGAAGCAUGGUUUUCGGGUCAAGGUGUAAGACCUACAACAUUGUCGAUGAUUAAACCACCUGAUAAUCAAAAAUCAAGUGGAAUUGGGUUUGCAAUUUUCGCUACUCAUGAAGAUUCUAUGGCUUGUUUGGAUAUGAAUGGUAGAACGUUAGGUGAUCGAGUUAUAGAAGUUAGUCCAAGUAGCGAAAGAAUAAUCGAAGCCGCUGGAUCAAUGUUAUCACCGUUUCAGAUGAUAAAAAAUCAUGUUCGUCCAGGUGAUUGGAUAUGUUCAAUAUGUCAAUUUCAUAAUUUUUCUUCAAGGAGAACAUGUUUCAAGUGCAAUACCAUCAAUCCGAAUCCUCUUCCCGUGGUGCAACAAGUACCACAUAAUUUUACACAAGGCGAUUGGAUGUGUCCAAAUUUACCAUGCAGUUUUCAUAAUUAUGCAUCACGCACUCAAUGUUUAAGAUGUGGAACCUAUAAACCUAGUGGUAAUGGCGAUUGGAUUUGUCCAAAUCCAAAUUGUAUUUUUCAGAAUUUUGCAUCAAGAACUCAAUGCAUGAGAUGUGGAACAUCAAAUCAUUCAGGUUAUGAUACAUAUGGGAAUUUAACGUCAUCAAUAAUAGAACAACAACAAGGAGGUGGUUUAUAUGGUACAACUAAUGUUAUGGGCGAUUGGUAUUGUCCAUCUUGCAACUCACACAACUUUGCAUCACGUUUUCAGUGUAUUCGUUGUAGUUUACCUAAACCACCUAAUGCUAUAAAUAACAUUGCAUCAAUAGUUAAUAUGAAACCUGGAGAUUGGUUAUGUGGUAAUGAUAUGUGCGGCUAUCAUAAUUUUGCAAAAAGAACACAGUGUGCAAAAUGUGGUUUUUUAAAUAUUCCACAAUAA